GCUCGUGGGUUGUCCAGAUUUCCUGGAAAACACGUGGAUUUGUACAGCAGGGUCUCAGCCCUGGGAGCUGUUGUAGAUGUGCUCAAAUACAAGGUUGAGGUCAUUCUUCCAGUACUGCCAGGGAAUGAUGAACACCAGGAAAAACAAAACAAAAUCAGGGAAGUUACGCUAAGCAUAAUAUUUCCUGACUUGCCUCCUACACAAACGAAAGAAGUUCCUAAAAGCCUGGUUCAAGCCUCUGGCAGGAUGGAAACAGAAGAAGCUCCUCUGCCUGGAACUGCCUGGAAUGGGUAUUUAAGCAACUUCAGUCAUGGGACCUCAGCAGGCACCCACCGGUCAAACAAAACCUCAGGAGUGACAGCAGCAACCACAGACACGUGGCAGGACGCUGCCAAUUCGAGUGAGUACCCGUACGAGUACCUGGAUGAGGAGGACUAUGGGCUCUAUGGCCUCUGCACCAAAGAGGAGGUGCUCUCCUUCAGCAGGGUGUUCUUGCCAUCAUUUUACACCGUGAUCUUCCUGGUUGGAAUGGCUGGGAAUGCCCUCCUGUUUACCGUCCUCCUCAUUUACAUCAAGAAGAAGAAGAAGAUGACCGAGCUGUAUCUGCUGAACCUGGUGGUUUCAGACUUCUUCCUGCUACUGACCCUUCCUUUCUGGGCUCUGUACAUUUCUCAGUGGGUCACCUGGGACAUCUUGUGCCCAUUCUUGAACGCCAUGUACACUCUGAACUUCUACAGUGGCAUCUUCUUUGUGAGCUCCAUGAGCCUGGACAUGUAUCUGCAGAUAGUUCAUGCUUGCUCUCCUCACAGCUCCACAGUGUGGAGGAAUUCCAUCCGCGUCUUGUUGGUGAUGUGGCUCCUUUCCAUAGCUCUCUCCAUUCCUGAUGGCCUCUUCACCAGCACAAGGCAAAUUCACAACAAAACCAUCAUGUGCACCCAGGAUUAUGGCCAGGAGCACUUAUUUUGGAAAGUUGUCUUUCGGGUGAUUCAAAAUGUCCUGGGAUUUCUUUUCCCCUUCCUCUUCAUGACGUUCUGCUACUCCCGCAUCGCGUGUGUCCUCAACACCUCACAGAUACCUGGCUCCAGGAGAGCUCUCUGCUUAGUCCUUACUCUGGUGGGGGUCUUCUUUGUGCUGUGGUGUCCUUACAACGUUGUGCUCAUCCUCCACUCCCUGCAGGAUGUCGGUGUGAUCAGGAGCUGUGAAAGCAGUAGGAAACUGGACUAUGCCCUACAGAUCACGGAGAGCUUGUCCUUUGUCCACUGCUGUCUCAACCCCUUGCUCUAUGCUUUUGUGAAGAAAAGGUUCAGGGCAUAUUUGUGGAAGAUCCCUCAGGCCAUUUUCAGGAGAGGCACUUUCUUUCCCAUCCAGGACUCCCAGACGAGCCCAUCUUGCAGCAGAUACGCAGCUGAGAUAGAAAUGUUGAGCAUCACAAAUGCAUAAUGAAUAUAUAC